AUGAUUUCAAGACACUAAAGUUAGAGUGAAGGUAUUAAAGUUGCCAAUAACUAAAUACAAUAGCCUUAGAUGAAUUAAUAUUUUUAAGGAUAAUUUAAUGAACAGCUUCUUUAAUAAGUAUAAGCAUAAUAAUUUCCAGGUAAUGAUUUUAACAUAUAAAUAGAUUAAAAUUUUGGAGUGAUUUCAACCUAUACCUAAGGAUAAUAAUUUUAUGAAUAAUAGCAAGGACGAUUAAGUUUUUCUGCUGAUUAAUAAUAAUAGCCGCUUUAAGCUCAAAAUUAGAUAGGCCUCCAUUAAAAUCAAUAUAUUGAAUUCCCUAAUUUUACUAGUAAUCUCCAAGGUUCUCCUGAUUAAUCCUAAUGGUCUAUUAAUUAGUUUUAAGGAUCCCCAAAUUAAUUCUAAGGAUCAAAUGGUUAAUUUUAAGGGCCACCUAGUUAAUAAUUUUAAGGGCCUUCUGUUUAAUUAUAAGGAAAAAGUGGUUCGAUUUAAGAGGCUUCUGGUUAAAUCUAAGGGCCUCCUGGCUAAUUUUAAGACCCUCCUAUCUAAUUUUAAGGACAGCCUGUUUAAUUUUAAGAACCACCAGGUUAAUUCUAGUGGUCGUCUAGUUAAUUUUAAGAGCAAUCUGUUUAAUUUUAAGGGCCACCUGGCUAAUUUUAAGACCCUACUGUUUAAAUUUAACGUUAGAUUGGUUCGAUUUAAGGGAUUCCUGGUUAAUUUUAAGAUCCUGCUGUUUAAAUUUAACGUUAGAUUGGUUCGAUUUAAGGGAUUCCUGGUUAAUUUUAAGAUCCUGCUGUUUAAAUUUAACGUUAGAUUGGUUCGAUUUAAGGGAUUCCUGGUUAAUUUUAAGAUCCUGCUGUUUAAAUUUAACGUUAGAUUGGUUCGAUUUAAGGGAUUCCUGGUUAAUUUUAAGAUCCUGCUGUUUAAAUUUAACGUUAGAUUGGUUCGAUUUAAGGGAUUCCUGGUUAAUUUUAAGAUCCUGCUGUUUAAAUUUAACGUUAGAUUGGUUCGAUUUAAGGGAUUCCUGGUUAAUUUUAAGAUCCUGCUGUUUAAAUUUAACGUUAGAUUGGUUCGAUUUAAGGGAUUCCUGGUUAAUUUUAAGAUCCUGCUGUUUAAAUUUAACGUUAGAUUGGUUCGAUUUAAGGGAUUCCUGGUUAAUUUUAAGAUCCUGCUGUUUAAAUUUAACGUUAGAUUGGUUCGAUUUAAGGGAUUCCUGGUUAAUUUUAAGAUCCUGCUGUUUAAAUUUAACGUUAGAUUGGUUCGAUUUAAGGGAUUCCUGGUUAAUUUUAAGAUCCUGCUGUUUAAAUUUAACGUUAGAUUGGUUCGAUUUAAGGGAUUCCUGGUUAAUUUUAAGAUCCUGCUGUUUAAAUUUAACGUUAGAUUGGUUCGAUUUAAGGGAUUCCUGGUUAAUUUUAAGAUCCUGCUGUUUAAAUUUAACGUUAGAUUGGUUCGAUUUAAGGGAUUCCUGGUUAAUUUUAAGAUCCUGCUGUUUAAAUUUAACGUUAGAUUGGUUCGAUUUAAGGGAUUCCUGGUUAAUUUUAAGAUCCUGCUGUUUAAAUUUAACGUUAGAUUGGUUCGAUUUAAGGGAUUCCUGGUUAAUUUUAAGAUCCUGCUGUUUAAAUUUAACGUUAAAUUGGUUCGAUUUAAGGGCCACCUGGCUAAUUUUAAGACCCUACUGUUUAAAUUUAACGUUAGAUUGGUUCGAUUUAAGGGUUUCCUGGUUAAAUCAAAGGGCCACCAGGUGAAACAUAAGGAAAUACUGGCUUGGUAUAACUUCCUAUUUAAGAUACUAAUGGCCAAAUUUAUUCCCUUGCACAAAAAUAACAGUUUCAAAUUUCAGCAUUACCUGGUCAAUAAUAAGCUUAUUUAGUUAGUCCUUUUGACAAUCUUCAAUUAAAUGCUAGGUCUAUCAACAAAAAUCAAAAAGUAGACAAUAAAGAAAUCAUAUCAUUAAAACAAGAAAUAGAAAUUAUCAAUUAGGAAUUAGAAACAUCGAAGAGAAAAUCUGAUGAAAAAGAUAAUCAGAUAAAAAAACUUUAAUAAGAAAAAAAAAAAUACGAAAAUCAACAUCAGGAAAAUUUAGAUGAAUAAUAAAAAGAAUAUGAUCAAAAAAUAAAAUAAAUUUAACAAAAUUGGGAUUAUGAUAAAAAUAAGUUUAAAAAUUAAAUUGAUAAUCAAAAGAAGGAAAUUGAUGAAUUGAAGUAUUUUAUUGAUAUUAUAAUUUAGGGAACAAGUUGAGGAACUUAUUCAAGAAAAUGAAAAAUUAAGAAGAAGAACCAAUCAGAAUAAUAUCAUGAUUAGCAAUUUACCUCAAAUGAUAAAUGAUGAUCAAAAUUAGGUAAAUUAGUUAAGAAAAAAGAAUUAAGAAUUAAGUAAAUAAAUUAAAGAUAGAGAUGUAAAAAUCUUAAAUAUGGAAUAAGAAAUAGAAAAUUUGAAUAGAUAGUUUGAGAUUCGAAAUGAAGAAGAAAAUUAAAAUUAAACAAAAAAAAAUUAGGAUUUAAAUAAUCUUAUUAAAGAGCAAGGGUAAAAGCUCAGAUUACUAGAAACUUAGAUCAAUGAAUUAAGUCAUUAAGCAUUUGUUGAAUAAAAAAAAAGAGAGGAUAGAGAUUUAGAGAUUCGUAAAUUAAAAUAAAAAAUGGAAGAACUUUAAAAUAGUAUACAUUUAAAAGAAAUAGAAAUAAAUAAUGAUAAAAAAAUUAUCUAAUUCCUUUAAGAAUAAUCUAAUAAAUUUAUGUCAGGAAAUGAAAGAUAAUAAGAAUAUCCAUCGCUCAAUUAAGAAUUUUAAAGACUGUAAGAAAAUAUGCAAAAAGAAAUAGCUUAUAAAAAACAAAAGGAUGAGAAAAAAAAAGAAGAUGAGUAACGUAGAUUAAUAGAAUAGAAUGCUUAAAGGAAUUAGAUUAUAAAAGAAAGAGAUUAAUUAAAUAAGCUAGAAAAGCAAAAAAAAGCUAUGAAAUUAAGAGAAGCUAUAAUGAACACAUAAGGCAUACUUUAAGUAGGACUUUUGGUUGAUGUAACAGGAUCAAUGGAUAAAUAUAAAGAUGCAACUAUGAAUAUUAUUUAAAGAACUAUGGCUUGUAUUAAAAAUUAAACAAAUCGAGAUUGUGAAUGGGGAUCUGUUUGUUAUUAAGAUUUUGCAGAAUUAAAAUAAAGGGGUUAAUAUCUGGAACACUAAUUUACUAGAGAUUCUAAUAUUAUCAUAAAUUUUUUUAAAAAUAUUGUUUGUGAUGGAGGUGAUGAUGGUGCUGAAGAUCUCAGGAAUGGAAUUAAAUAAUUAAUAAAUAAUUUAAAAUGGGAAAAAUUUUUUAAAAUUGCUCUAUUAAUAUGUGAUGCUCCAUCUCAUGGUAAAAAAUGGGCAGGGAAUGUAUUGGAUGAUUAUCCAAAUGAAGAUUUGGAAGAUGCAUUAUAACAAUUAAUUAAUAAAAAUAUAGUUUUAAUUGGAAUUGAAUUCACUUAAAGUACAGAUGUUAUGUUUGCAUAAAUGAUAAACUUCUAUGCAAAAUAAAACAAAUAAUAAUUGCUUAUAAUUGUAGAUUUAAAAAACAAAAAUCCUGAUUAAAUUUAAGAUCAGUUAAUUAACAUUAUAUCAGAAGCAUCUAUUUCAAUCACAGAAGUCAAUUAAUCAGGGACUAAAUCGAAAAAAUAAAACAUUGUAAGAGAUGGGGCGUUUGAGGCAUUAGUAAAAUUGUUACCUGAUCCUACAAAAUUCGAUUUAGAUCCUAAAAUAUCUACUAUUUAAACCAAAUUUAAUGUAUAUAGGGUUGAAAUUAACUAAUCAGCAUUUGAAAAUAACAUAACAUCAAUUUAUAGAAUUAGAAUUCCAGAUGAUUAUUAAAUAACACUUGAAAGUGAAUGGAAUUGCACUAGAACAUUAAAACCAUUUGCUUUUGGACAACUCAAAGAGGUUUACUUGAUGAAAAAAUUAGAUAAUUCUGUUUAGAAUGAAGUAUAUGUGAUUAAAAUGCCAAUUGGGUAUUAUUAUUUAUCUCUAUUUCUAGAGGUUAAACUUAUAAAACAAUGAAUGAAGCAUUGCUUGAAUGUAGAUCUCAUUUGAUUUCCAAAAGAUUAAUGCAAAAAUUUAUUUAGAGUUUAAAUGAUAAAGGUUUUAAUGCCCCUUAAAUUAAGUAUUCAGAUUUCUUAAUACUCAAAGAACAUGAUAGUAAAAAAUAUAUUAAUUUAUAUAGCAAGCUACUGGAUUGCUGAAAGAUUUUUUUAAGGAGAAUUUACAAAAUUUAAUAAUAACUUUGGAUACAUUAACCCAAAAAAAGAUUUAAUAAAUAUUUUAGCCCAAGUUUUUACCUAUUACACAUUCCAUAUUAGUGAUUUUUCAUACAUGAUAUGUGAUGUAUAAGGAGUAGGGUAUAAUUUUACAGAUCCGGCAAUCAAUACAACUGAAGAUAAUUUUGAUGAAACUGAUUAGGGAUAGGAUGGAAUUGGAUAAUUUAUUAUUUCAUUUGAGAAGGAUAAAAAAAAUCUUUAUUAAAAAUAUAUAGAUAUUCUUGAUUUAAAAGAUUGA